CGUCGAUCUCCUGAUUGUUGACGGCCCGCACCCCCGGCGCCUUGGGCAGCCUCGCCUGCCGCCCACAGGCCAUCUUGCACACUGCGCGGCUGGUCCGCUGCCUCGUGUCUGCGCCGUUCUUCGGUCUCACGUUGUUGCCGCUCCUCGGUCUCAUGCUGUCGCUGCGCCUCAGUCUCACGUUGUCGCCGCGCCUCGGCCUCACGUCGUCGUUGCUCCGCGGUCUCACGCUCUCGCCGCGCCUCCUCGCCGCAACGCCCAU